AUGUCGCCUAAUCAACCAGACUGCCCUGAGCAGGAGUCGCCCUGCGGGGAAUAUACAGUCGAGCGAGAUGCUGAGAAAGAAGCUGGCCGGGAGCUACCCCAAGAUGGAUCUACAGUGGAGUCGAAGAGCCGGACAAUUCGCGGCUUUCGCUGGCUAGUUAUUUGCAUCUCGCUUUACAUUACUUGCUUCUUGUACGGCCUCGACACGACGAUCGCAGCAGACGUCCAGGGCCCUGUUAUUAAAGCAUUUGGCCAUGUCGAGCAAUUCGCCUGGAUUGGAGCCGGUUUCCCGAUGGGCUCCGUGUGCGUUAUUCUCUUGCUCGGUACUCUUUUCAACACCUUUAACAUGAAAUUGGUCUAUAUUGCCACCGUGGUACUCUUUGAGGCCGGCUCGGCUCUUUGCGGCGCUGCUCCAACUAUGAACGCCCUAAUUAUUGGUCGUGUUAUCGCCGGCGCUGGAGGCAGCGGCAUCUACCUUGGCUUACUACAAUACUUUGCUGUUAUGACCGUGGAGAAGGAACGACCCCUUAUCGGCGGAGCUUUUGCCGUGUCCUCGGCAACCUGGCGCUGGGCCUUCUACAUCAAUUUAGUUAUUGGCGCUAUCUCGGCUCCGGCCUUUGUCUUGUGCCUUCCGGCCAUCCGUCUUAUGGAAGGUAUUAGCGUUCGAGAUAGGCUGGCUCUUAUCGACUUUGUUGGCUUCGUCCUUGGCGCCGGUGUCUGGUUUAGCUUUCUCCUGGCGUUCACAAUGGCUGGCGGCCAAUGGCCAUGGAAAGACAGACGCACUAUUGCCACCUUUGUUGUAUUCGGUGUGGUUUUAAUUACCUAUGUUUUGCUGCAGUACUUUGCUGUUUUCACCACUCCCGCUCGUCGCGCAUUCCCGGGUCAUCUGCUGCGCGAUCGUACACAGGUACUCUUAUAUAUAAUAACAGCAGCCGGCACCAUGUCACUUUUCGUCGUUGCCUACUACAUUCCCAUCUACUUCCAGUUUGUGAAUAAUGACGAAGCCCUCAUGGCGGCUGUGCGCCUGCUCCCCUUUGUUGUUAUUGCCGUCACAGUGAACCUUGUCUCUGGAUCCCUUCUCCACUUUAUUAAGAUUUACAAGGUUAUCUACAUCAUUUCCAGCGUCUUCUUAUUAGCCGGUGGCGGUCCAUUAAUGGUUUAUUUGGGCCCUAGUUCGACAACAGGUACUAUCUACGGCUUGUCAAUACUUGCUGCUGUUGGCACCGGUCUGUCUAUGGUAACUUGCUAUACAGUCUCCACUCUAACCACGAAGCCCGAGGACACGGGCGCUGGACUCAGCGUGCAAAAUGUAUCCCAGAUCGGUGGGCAGGUCAUUGCGCUCGCCGUCGCAGGGCAGAUCUAUCAGUCGGAGGCCAUCAGGAACCUGUCAGCGGUCCUAGUCGGUAAGGGCUUCUCAGACCAGGAGCUUCGGGGCGCGGUGGCAGGCGCACAGAGCACCUUGUUUAAGAUGCUGGAUGGCAAGCUGCGGAACAAAGCAAUUAUGGCUGUCACCGAGGCAAUGCAGAUGACCUUUGUGCUGGUACCUGUUGCCGGAGGGGGUCAUAUUUAUCGCUGCGUUGUGCAUGAAAUGGGAGAAGCUUUUCGGAAAGGCUGUCGCUGUCGGUGGUUAGAAAAGCCAAGUUAG